AUGCAUUCACGCCUCACGCUCUGCCCUGCCUGGGAACAGCCACCCUUCGGCAAGCUUUUAGCAGAAGAGGAAACGCCGGGUGUGGGGAGCUGCGCCGAGCGCCGGGGCUGCCACCGAGCUGGGGGGGGGCACCCACUGGGUGCCGGGGAAGUGGGCAGCCAGGAAGGGCAGCAGAGCCCCGGAUCCGGCGUGGGACAUCCCAGGUGGCCAAUGCUGGGGUGGCUGCUGGCAGCGCUGGCGGCGCUGGCGCGGGGUGGCACCGCCACGGCCCCCGGCUUCUCCUGCUGGAAGCAAUGUGGCUCCCGCCGGUUCCUCUGCUCCUGGCCACCCCACGGCCCCGCCGGCAACACCUCCUACCUCCUGACGCUCUGCUACACGACGCCCAGGCUGUGCCAGCGGUUUGAGGCGGGCGCGAGGACGACGUACACCCUGAACCACCACCACGUCUACGUCCUCACCAACGCCACGGCCUGGGUGGAGGCGCGCUGGGGGGACCACGUCCACAGGACCCCCAAUCUCACACUGUACCUCAACGAGGCCGUCAAGCUGGAUCCGCCCCCCGCCGGGAUGCCCUUCAACAAAACCGGUGGCCGGCUGCGGCUGCGGGUGCCGUGGCUGCCGUGUCACCGUGGGGGCCAGCCGUUGCAGUGGGAGGCUCGCUUCCAGAGGAUGGGCGACCGCGGCUGGAAGCAGGUGACAUGCGAGACGGUGACGGAUGAGGAUGACUCAGUGACCUGCACCCUCGGGCAGGAUGGCGCCUUCAAGGUCCAGCUCCGGCACAAGCUCCCCCACUGGAGCAGCUACUGGAGCAACUGGAGCAGCUCCAUCUUCGUUCCCGAGGAAAUCCUGGCGAGUCCAGUACUGAGCUACCAGCUGGGAAAACUGGGGAGAGACGGGCAGAGGGUGCUGAGCCUCGGCUGGCAGCGAGCCCCCAAGGAGCAAGGGAAUGUCACCUACACCCUGCGCGCCUUCAUGCCGGCGUGCCACUGCGCCGAGCCGGCCAAGAAUGACACCGUGGUGCUGGGGACGGAGGUGACAGCGCACAACUUCACCCUCUCCGGGGCCGAGUAUGAAAUCCUACUGACGGCGGCCAACGCUGCCGGGCCAGGGCCAGCGCGGCAGCUCCGUGUGCCGGCAGAGCAGCGUGCAGAUCUCGGCUUCAAGGACGUCAGCGUGGCCGGCAGCACCGUGUCGGUGCGGUGGGAAGUACAAAGCCCCGACUUUGUCUACUGCUUCGAGCAGCAGCCGCUGCCAGGAACCCCGAAACAGGGUGUUUGCAUCCAACGGGAUUUCCCUGCCAAGAGCAUCCACACGGAGAGAGGAGCACUGGAAGCACCGGUGUGUUACCGCCUCGCUGUGCACAGCCGGGACCCGGCACGGGGCUGGUCCACCUUCGUCCUGGAGCACCGCUAUGCCGGCAACACCUCAUUGGCCUUGCCCAUCCGCAUCAACACCAGCACCGGGGAUGCCACUGCCGUCAUCCUCUGGUGGACCCCGUCCCCCCGUGCCGCCUGUCCUGGGGUGCUGGCCAAGUAUCUCAUCUGCCACGCGGCCGAGGGGGACAACGUGACCUACGGCGAAGCGAACACCACGGCAUCGCACUACACCCUCCAAAACCUACGGCCCGGCACAGCCUACAGGGUGGGCGUUUGGGAGGUGACGGCAGAGAGCGGGGGGACCUGCCGUCCUUGGUGGCACUUCCAGACCAAGGCACUGGGUCCUCAAGGAGCAGCAUGGAGAUCCAACCUGAAGUACCUGGGCAUCUCGCUCACUCUCCCCGCCGUGGCCACCAUCUACCAGCUGAGCAAAAAGAGGGCUCGCCGCCUCCUCUUCCCACCCCUGCCCAAACCCGUGGGCAGCAAAGCCAUCCAGUUCUCCACCAGCGAAAUGAGCCAGGGCCAGCCCCGGCCAACCUUCCUGGAGCCCUCGGAGAGAUUCAGCCCGGCUGAGCUGCUGCUACUGGAGCCAAAUCCCGGCAAGAAGACCACCGACACCGGCACACGGCCUGGCACGCCGCAGCCCGGCCCCGUGGCCGACAAACUGGCAGUGUUGUGCCCGCUGGGCUGCGAGAAGGAGCUGCCAUUUACCUACCGCAGGCAGGAGGUGCUGAGCCCGGAGGGAUUUCUGCCGCCUGGCAGCACCAGCUGCACCGGCUACCCACCGGGCGAGGAGGAGGAUGAAGAGGAGGAGGAAGAGGAUGGAAGGCGGGGGCUGCGCCAACCGCCGGUCCCCAUCGCCCUGCUCAUCUCCGACAAACCCAUCAUCAUCAGGGACGAGGAAGGAUGGGACCCAUCGCUGGAGAAGUUGGUGCUGUAG